CAGCAGCUUCACAAGAGACAGAGUGAGUUAGUAAGGAAGGCAAAAUAUACCCUCCGCAGGUGCUACAGCCGCGUGAAGGAGCACGGCGUCGGGAAGAGGAAAAGCAGCUACACGUUCGAACAGCUGGAGCAGGUUUUUGGGCAGGGAGGAUGGGAUUCCCAGCCCUGCCAGCCCGUCCUCAUCAACAGCAGCGGUUUGUACCAGGAGCUGGAGUCGGACGGCAGCACCAUGGAGGAGUAUUCGCAGGAGGACUGGGGAAACCACAGCCAGGAGCUUCAUUGCUACCAGACGGGCGAGCAGGAAUUGGAUGAAAUGCCUCCCACGAAAAGAACGUUAAAGAUAAAGCAGGAAUCGUCGGAAGACGCGCAGAAACGCGACGUCAUGCAGAACAUCGUGCAGAUCCUGGAGUCGGUGCAGUUGAAGUGGGAACUUUUCCAGAGCUGGACGGAUUUUUCCCGCCUCCACCUUUCUAACAAACUGGCCAUUUUCGGCAUCGGUUACAACACCCGUUGGAAGGAGGACAUACGGUACCACUACGCGGAAAUCAGCUCUCAGGUACCUUUGGGUAAACGCCUGCGGGAAUAUUUCAAUUCGGAAAAACCCGAGGGUCGGGUCGUCAUGACCCGGGUGCAAAAAAUGAACUGGAAAAACGUUUAUUAUAAAUUUUUGGAGAUCACCAUCAGCGAAGCCCGGUGUUUGGAGCUGCACAUGGAGAUCGAUUGGAUCCCCAUCGCUCACUCCAAACCCACCGGCGCUAACGUCGUUCAGUAUUUAUUACCGGGAGGGAUUCCCAAAAGUCCCGGCCUCUACGCCGAAGAAUGUCACCACAAGCCUUCCUCCCCUCUGGCCGAACGCCGAGACGUCGCCGCCGCCGCCGCCGAAACCCCGGGAGAAGCGGACAUCCCUUCUCCUCAAACCUCCCUCCGCUUGGAUGUGGAAUCCGCUCGGAUUAUCUACUGUUACCUCGGCAUCGCCGAGGUCCGGACCCUCCAGCAGUGCCUGUUUUUACAUUUCCAGGCAAAUUCCAAAACCUUCAGCAAAGAUUGGGUGGGCAUCAACGCUUUUUUAUCCCAGAACUGCCUGGUGGAACCCGGCGUCUCCCCCAAAUCCAUCUACAUCAAAUUCGUGGAAGUGGAGAGGGAUUUUCUUUCCGCCGGCUCGUUGGUAGAGUGCCUGGAAAAAGCCAUCGGUUAUCCCUUAAAAUUUAACAACUGA